AUGGCUACCGUUUACCGCGCUUAUGUACCGCCGUGGCUUUUCUUACCUUGUGGGCGGUUUACUCCAGCACUACCACCCAACCAGCCAAAUUGCGUCCGUCAAGGUCCCAGAAAUCUCAGGGGUCCGUUUCAGUGGUGCAAGGAAGGGCCAAUAGGUGAAAUGCGAGUGUACGGUAAUACCGCCGCUGCGGAAUGUGGGAGAAUUUCAGGAUGGAAACAAAAGGGCGAUACACAACGCAAGGAGGAAGUACCAAGUACCGGUUUUGCUAUUUGUCCGUGACGCCCCUUAAUGAGGGGCAUUGUUUAUUUUUUCCGUCUCGACUAAGCAUGGAAUUUAUUUAAUAUCUCAAUGGUAGGUUCCACGAAGCGCCGGCAUCUCACUCAAAUC